AUGCCUGUAUUGCUCAAGCGAAAUCUACACUGGGUAUCUCCAAGGGUCCCCUGCAUAACGAGAAAGAUGCCAAAUGGUGGAAACACCAAAGCUACAGUGUCUGAAAAGAAACGUCUGUUCAAGAAAUGGCAAGAGAGUGGCUCAGAGGAGGAUAAGGUAGAGUACAAACAGGCUAAAAAGAUUGCAAGAAGAUCAGUUGCAAUUGAGAAGGAACAUGCAGACCUUGACCUUUAUCGGCAACUAGAACUGGCUUCGGACACACAGAUAUAUAGAAUAGCGAAGCACAGGCAUAAUAGCACUAAGGACUUUAGAAUUACAAAGUACAUCAAAAACAGCAAAGGCAUGCUGCUAACAUCUGAUAAAGAUAUUUGUAAAAGGUGGUACGAGUAUUACCAUACAUUGCUCAAUGAGGAGUUCCCCAGACAGGCUGAAAUCGAAGAACCAAUAACACAAGGACCCGUAAAUCAAAUCACCAUAACGGAAGUCGAAAAGGCUAUUCUGAAAAUGAAAAAUCACAAAGCCUGCGGGCCUGAUGACAUUCCAGCUGAACUGUGGAAUUGGGUGCCGUACACGAAGGGGCCGAACCCUUGCGAGCUGAACUGCAUGCCGCGCGGGGAGCGCUUCUACUACCGCCAGCAGCUGAAGGUGACGGACGGCACGCGCUGCAACGACGAGUCCUUCGACGUGUGCGUGGAUGGAGUCUGUCAGCCCGUCGGUUGUGACAUGAUGCUGGGCUCGAACUCGCGCGAGGACAAGUGCCGGCGCUGCCGCGGCAACGGCACCAACUGCUACACUACCAAAGGAAUUCUCGACUCACAAGAUUAUAGAAAAGGAUACAACGAUGUUCUCCUCAUACCUGAAGGGGCUACAAAUAUAAUAAUUGCAGAAGUCAGAGAGUCGAACAAUUACUUGGCGCUGCGCGCGAAGCAGGACAACGUGUACUACCUGAACGGCGACUACCACAUCGACUUCCCGCGGCGCCUCAGCAUCGCCGGCGCGCUGUGGUACUACGAGCGCAGCCAGCAGGGGCUCGCCGCGCCCGACAAGCUGCGCUGCCUCGGACCCAUCAACGAACCGCUUUAUUUGUCUCUGCUGCUGCAAGACGACAACGUGGGCGUAGAGUACGAGUACAGCGUGCCGUCCGCCCUGGCGCCGCCGCCCAGCCAACAGUACGUGUGGGUGCACGAAGAGUUCUCGCCUUGCAACGCCACUUGCGGUGGAGGCGUGCAGACACGGCAAGUGACGUGCCGCGCGCGCGACUCGCUGGAGGCGGCGGAGGAGCGGCUGUGCGACGCGGCGCUGCGGCCGGCGCGCGAGCAGGUGUGCGCGGCGGCGGCGUGCGCGCCGGCGUGGGUGCGCGGCGCCUGGGGCCCGUGCUCGCGCCCCUGCGGCGCCGGCGGCUCGCGCUCGCGCAACGUGCACUGCGAGAAGGUCAUCACUAACGGAUUCCCGUCGGUAGUCGCGGACAAGGAGUGCUUCGACCUGCUGGGGCCCAAGCCCGAGCUGUUUGAGGAGUGCAACCGCAACGCGACCUGCCCCACUUGGUUCACUGAGCCCUGGAAACCGUGUGACAAGUUAUGUGGGGAAGGGAAACAAACCCGUCUGGUGAUUUGUCACCAAAAAAUCAACGGUCGUGUAGAGCUUUACAGUGACGAGUUCUGUACCGAAGAGAAACCCGCCUCAGAGAAGAGUUGCAUUCUGCACCCUUGCGAUGGAGUCGACUGGGUGCUCAGCGAUUGGAGUGGGUGCGACACGUGCCUGUCGACGGAGCGCACGCGCACGGCGCACUGCGCCACCCGCGAGCGCCGCGUGGUGGCGCCGGAGCUGUGCGCGUACCACCGCGCGCCGCGCCUGCGCGAGCCCUGCGACCGCGCUGCGCUGCCCGCCUGCCAGACGCUCUGGUACGCCACGCAGUGGGGCAAGUGCUCAGCGGAAUGCGGCAAAGGCACGCAAACGCGUCGCGUGUUCUGCGGGCGCUUCGACGGCGCGACGGUGUCGGCGGUGGAGGACGCGCGCUGCGACGCCGCCGCGCGCUACAACGACACGCGCGAGUGCGUCGUGCCGCCCGAGCUCUGCCCCGCCAAGUGGUUCGCCGGGCCCUGGUCAGAGUGCACUGAGGAGUGCGGCGGCGGCGAGCAGUACCGGCGCGUGAUGUGCCUCAGCGGCGGGCGCGAGUCAAGCGGCGACUGCGACGAGCUCGCCGUGCUCGACUCCAGACAGGCCUGCAACACCCAGCCCUGUAACGGAGAUGACAUCCUUCCGGUCGACUCAAAAUCCACUCCAAUAAUGGACGACUACGAUGAGGAGGAUUGCGAAGGUGAUGAAGGUGACUAUCCUGAAGAAAAUGUGGAAGUUAUGACCUCCGAAUAUGAAUUCCAUACAUUAGUUUCUGACUACUUCACUCCUAAAGAAACUCUUGAGACUAAGGGAUCUGGUACAGAAAUGACAAUAACAGACUAUGAUAAGUUUACUGUAGAGGGAUCAGGAUACGAUGAUAUAAGUGAAUCAACAGACAGUACGGUUAGUGAAUCAACAUGGUCUACAGAGACUACAGAGUCUGGAUUGACAGGCAGUACAGAAACUGACUUAACUGUUACUACGGAAUCAGGACCUACUGAUAUUACUGUAACUACUGAAACCUCGUUAACAGAAACUACAAAUACUGAUACAACGGAAUCAACUGUAACGGAAUCUACAGAAACUGCUGUUACUACAGAAAAGAAAUCUACAAAGACUGGCGUUUCGGAUGUAACCAAAAGUGAACCAACAGAAAUUACAGGAACUGAAAAAGACGUAGGCACAGAAUCAGAAGCGACAGAUACUUCGGUCACUGACUUUAGUACUGAAACUGAGUCACCUGUCACUGGAUCUACUGAAACUACAGAAACAGAUUAUGCUACACCUACAACCUUAGAAUCUUCAGAAACUGAAACAUCAAUAGCAGAGACAGGAACAACGGAUCUUACUGAUCUUGACUCAGAAACCACUGAGACCACAAGUUCUGCUACUGAGUCUUCAGAAACUGAGCCAUCUAAAACUGGAUCAACAAAAACUGAUUCAACAGAUUUAACGGAGACAGGAUCUACAGAAACAACUAUUACUGAAUUAACAGAUACCACAGAAUUUAGCAGUACUACAGAAAGAUCUAGCACAUUUGAUUUAUCAACUGCAAGUGAAGAUAUAACAACGGAAGGUUCUACAGGAACGACUGAGUCGGUCUCUGAAGAGAUUCUCUCUACUACUGAAAUAAGCGUAUCUGAGAGUGGAUCAACAGAAGCCUUAGCGUCAAGCAGCGCUGCUACUACCGAAAGUAUAACCGAAUCUGGUUCUACAGAACCUGAUGAAUCGGGAUCUAGUACCACAGAAUCUGGAUCUAGUAUGACGGAAUCUGAAUUAACAGAAUCAAGUACAUCUGAAUCUAGUACAUCCGAAUUUAGUACACAUGAAUCUAGUAUAUCUGAAUCUAGUACAUCUGGACCUAGUACAUCUGAAUCUAGUACAUCUGAAUCUAGUACAUCUGAAUCUAGUACAUCUGAAUCUAGUACAUCUGAAUCUAGUACAUCUGAAUCUAGUACAUCUGAAUCUAGUACAUCGGAAAGCGUUACCACAGAAUCUAGUACAACAGAAUCUGGUACAUCAGAAGGAGCAACCGAACUUAGUUCUACUGAAUCUGGUACAACUGAAUCUAGUGCUUCAGAGCUUAGUGUAUCAGAAUCUGAAACAACAGAAUCCGGCACAACUGAAUCAGGUACAACGGAAUUUGGAAUAACGGAAACUUCAGAAUCAACUCCUGAGUCCACAACAUCAGAAGUAUCAGUAUCUACGGAGACAGGCUCAACAGAAGUCAGUGCAUUUAGUACCACCGAAUACUCAGAAACUAAUUCUGGUUCUACCGAAACUACGGAAUCGGUCAGCAGUGAGAGCUCAACGAGUGAAGCUACUCAAACCACAGAAAGUAGUACCGCGACAGAAAGUAGUUCAACGACUGAAGUAUCGGUCAGUGAAGGUGAUGAAAAUACAACACCCUGGGGUUGGACGACCAUCUUUGAAGCACCUAAGAAGCGUCGCUGCAAGGCUAGAAGAAAGGCUGCUAAAUGCUCUAAAAGUAAAUUUGGUUGCUGUCCCGAUAAAAUCACAUCUGCUGCUGGGCCGUUCGACGAAGGUUGCCCGCACCCCGAGACGUGCCAGGAGUCGAAGUACGGGUGCUGCCCCGACGGCGUGUCGGCGGCGACGGGCCCGGCGGACCGCGGCUGCCCGCGCACGCCCUGCGCGCUCACGCUGUACGGCUGCUGCCCCGACGGCGCCACCGCGGCCGAGGGCAACGACCGCGAGGGCUGCCCGCCGCCGCCGCCCGCCUGCGCCUCCGCCAGAUACGGCUGCUGCAAAGAUAAUAUCACAGAAGCUAAAGGACCUAAAAAAGAAGGCUGUCCAGAUACAGUUACAACAACACAACCGCCCAAGACCACGGAGCCAUCCGGCUGUGAAGUUUCUGAAUUUGGUUGUUGCUAUGACAACGAGACCGACGCCAUGGGACCCGACGGCGAGGGAUGUCCUUGCAGCAUCACCGAAUUUGGCUGUUGCCCUGACGGCGUGUCUAUGUCUCAUGGGCUCAACCUCGAAGGCUGUGAAAUGACGUGCAAGACGUCGGCUUACGGCUGCUGUCCGGACGGGGAGACCGCGGCGCACGGGCCCGACGGCGAGGGCUGCUGCCUGCAGGCUCCCUUCGGGUGCUGCCCGGAUAACUACAAGGCAGCUGAAGGACCACAUCUCGAAGGCUGCGGUUGUCAAUACGCUCGCUUCGGCUGCUGCCCCGACAACGUCACCAUCGCUCGCGGACCCCAGAACGAGGGCUGCGGCUGUCAAUACUCGCAGUUUGGAUGCUGUCCAGAUAGGUAUACGGCGGCGGAAGGGCCGAGCCUCCAAGGCUGUUCGUGCCACACGUAUCAGUUCGGGUGCUGCCCGGACGGCUUCACCGUGGCGACGGGCCCCAACCUGCAGGGCUGCCUCUGCCAGCAGUCGCGCUACGGCUGCUGCGGCGACGACACCACGCCCGCCAGCGGGCCCGCCGGCGAGGGCUGCGACUGCUCCACCAGCAAGUACGGCUGCUGCCCCGACGGCGUCUCCGAGGCCAAGGGCAAGAACUUCCUCAACUGCACCGAUGUGCCCGACAACAGACAAGCGGCGUGUGCGCUCGCCAACGACCGCGGCUCGUGCCACAACUACUCCGUGUACUGGUACUACGACAUGACGUACGGCGGCUGCUCGCGCUUCUGGUACAGCGGCUGCGAGGGCAACGGCAACAGGUUUCUCAGCCAGGCCGAGUGCGAGGACGUCUGCGUGCAUCCAGCGCCUAAGGACGCUUGCCAGUUACCUAAAGUGAAGGGGGCAUGCACCGGUUACAACGUCCGCUGGUACUAUGACUCCGGCCGCGAGCAGUGCUCGCAAUUCGUGUACGGCGGCUGUCUCGGCAACGACAACAACUUCGAGUCUAAGGAGCUAUGUCAGAAACGCUGUGAGCCGCAGAGGACUGAAGACCAGUGCGCGCUGGCGGUGGAGCCGGGCCCGUGCGCCGGCAACUACGUGCGCUGGGCCUUCAGCGGCGCGCGGCGCUGCGAGCAGUUCACGUGGGGCGGCUGCGGCGGCAACGCCAACCGCUUCGGCUCCGAGGCCGCCUGCCUGCUGCGCUGCGCGCCGCCCGGCUCGCCCAUACAGGCAUGUGCGCUGCCACAAGAGGCAGGCAACUGCACGGAGAAGCGGCCCGCCUGGGCCUUCAGCUCCACGGAGAACAGAUGCGUGCCUUUCUAUUACACGGGAUGUGGCGGGAACGACAACCGCUUCGACAGCGAGCGCGCCUGCGGCGAGUCCUGCCCCGCGGCGCAUGAACAAGAAAUGUGUACGUUACCAGCUUUGACUGGUGAAUGUGCCGAGUACUCGUCGAGAUGGUUCUACGAUACAUCAAUUAGGAGGUGUCGCCAGUUCUACUAUGGAGGGUGUGGAGGAAACGAAAAUAACUUUAUGUCGGAACGCGAAUGUGAAAAUGCAUGCAUGGAAAUAGAGGAGCCUAUAACACAACCACCGGCGAUAACUCCAACCCAACCCCCAACACAACCCCCGACACAAGCACCGAUACACACAACGACCCAACAUGCGCCUGAUGUUGGUUCUUCCGACUCGAAACCAGACUUCUGCUCCAUGGAGAUUGACCAAGGUCCAUGUAAGGAGUUGCAGACGCGUUGGGCCUACGACUCGUUACGAAGAGAGUGUACUACAUUCGAGUACGGUGGCUGCGGCGGCAACCGCAACAACUUCCCCAGCCUCGAGCACUGCGCGUUCUACUGCGCGUCGCGCAGUGAGCCCGAACCGGAGCCCCAGCCCGAGCCCGAGCCCGAGCCCGAGCCUGAGCCCGAACCCGAGCCUAGCGCCGGCGAAAUUGCUCUUAGAAACCAGUUCCCGAAUAAUUCAAUAUGCCAGCUGCCGAUGUCUGCGGGUCCGUGUGACCAGUCGCUGAUGCAGUGGUUCUACGACGCGGCGCGCGGCGUCUGCAGCCAGUUCGCGUACAGCGGCUGCGAGGGCAACGACAACCGAUUUGACUCUCAAGAGGAAUGCGAGCGACAAUGCGUGUUAUCUGUACCGACGGAGGCCAGCGCCACUUCUACAACAACAGUUGCACCGGAGCGUUUACCAAGCGAAUGCGAGAUAUCUGCCGAGCUAGAGGAGUGCACGGAGGCGGGCACGGUGUGGUACCUCGAGGCGCGCAGCGGCGCCUGCACGGCGCACGCCAACCGCGCCGCGGGCCGCGCGUGCCGCCGCGCCGGCGCCUUCGCCUCGCACGAGGCCUGCGAGCGCGCCUGCGGGGCCUUCAAGGGUCUCGACGUGUGCCGCUACGCGGUGGACGCGGGCCCGUGCCUCGCCGCGCUGCCCAAGGUGUACUACGACGCGGCCACGCGCCGUUGCGAGCCCUUCGUGUACGGCGGCUGCCUCGGCGGACCCAACCGGUUCUCCUCCGUCGCCGAAUGCGAACAAGUGUGCAAACCCGAGAUCGCAGCGGCGAGCCCUGCGGAUCCCUGCGCACAGCCCCCGGAGCCCGGCAACUGCCUCGCCAGCUUCAACAUGUGGUAUUACAACGCGGCGCGCGACUCCUGCGACACGUUCGUGUACGGAGGCUGCUACGGCAACGACAAUAGAUUUGAAACUCGUGAAAUGUGCGAAAGCCGCUGCAAGAAAGGGUCGACUACUACAGUAGCUUUCGCUCUAUCGACUGUCCCCACGACCACUACGACGAGCGCUCCCCUCACCACUACACACGAAAUAUACGUGGGCGGCGAGUGCGAGACGCCCGCGUCACUGGCGCCGUGCGGCGACAACGUGACGGCGUUCUACUUCGACGAGGCGACGCAGGCGUGCCUGCGCGCGGACACCGGCGCCUGCCGCCACGCCAACAACUACCGCAGCGAGGAGGAGUGCGAGCGCCGCUGCGGCGCCUUCCGCGGGCUGGACGUGUGCGGGUCCGCGCUGGACGCCGGGCCGUGCUUGUCCGCCAUCCCCAAGUACUACUGGGACCCGCUGAGCGGGCGCUGCCUGCAGUACGCGUACGGUGGCUGCCUCGGCGGCCCCAACCGCUUCUCCUCGGCCGACGAGUGCCAGCAAGUCUGCGGACACACGGGGCCAGACGAGGAGUCCAACGAGGCGAUGGCGGAGUGCGAGCGCCACGCCGCGGAGUGCGCGGCGCUGCGCUGCGAGUACGGCGUGCAGCGGCGGCGCACGGCGGCGGGCUGCGAGCGCUGCGCCUGCGUGCGCGUGCACGUGGACUGCGCGCCGCUGCGCAGGGAGUGCGAGCGCCUCGCCUGCAACUACGGCGUGCGCCGCGCCACCGACUCGGACGGCUGCGAGAGGUACGCUAGACUUAUGUUUGUGUUGCUAUCUUUAUUUUUAACCGACUUCCAAAACGAAGGAGGUCCUCAAUUCGUCGGAAUCUUUUUUUUG